CUUCACUCUCCCCAUCAAAAACCCAUCAAAAAAAUCUUCUCAAUCGCAUUUCCAUCUCACCGCAUCACUUGAUAGCGUUCAUGAACCCUUUAAGUCCAAGUAGGACAACCUUGCAUCCACACCUGUCCUACAUUGCUGCUGCUCUCACUUGAUCUCCAUAUAUCCCAUCACACUUGUGAACGUUCCCUUCCGCUCAGCAUGGCAAUCAAUCCUUUCCUCAACAAAGAUGAGAUGACUUCUCGUCGUUCUUUCCACAUUCCUCCCUUGUCGUCUUCCGUCCCAGAGUUUACACAAAGCAGUGUCCUGCUGUCGUCCCAGAGCCGGCUCACUGAAAAGAAACUCCAUUCAAAGAAGCGUAGAUCCCAAGACGAUCCCGCUCCUGGUAGUGCCGCCUUCAGAGCUCGCCGCUUGGCAGACAUCCCCCGCCGUGUUGAGCGGAUCAAAGAAGCGGAUGCUUGGCCGCGGGAUGAAAUUCCCAGAACACCUGGCCCAUACCAGCUGUCAGACUGGGAUCAGUGCUCAAACAGAGCCCAGGUGUCCUCACCUGGCCUGGAGCCAGAAUAUGAGCUCUGUCAGACGGCUCCGCUCGAGCCACAUGGUGUCUCACUUGAGGCGGCCAUUGAUAACUGGCGAGGUAGCCGGCAACUGUCCCAUCUCGCUCAUGACGGAGGCUUUGCUUACGCGGGGUCCUGGUGCUACACAGCACCUGUGAAACCUAGUCACCUGGAACUAGAGUGGCACAACCCUGAGCGAGUCGUCCUUGCAGACGACUGGUGCCCUGAGACACCCAGGGACACCCGACUCUCCACGCCAGAUCUGCCUCCACUGUCGACAGACUUUGAGUUUUGUCCAUGCCAUGGCUCAGGGGAGCAUGAGCAAGAUAGGAUAAACCAAGAAUUCUACUUGGCGACAAGAUCCAAGAUGGACGUGCAGAGUAUGUUAAUACUUACAUGGCCAAGAGGCCUCCUUCUCUUGCUGAUGAAUACAGUGAUAAAUGCGCUGGCGCACAUCGCACAGGACCAAACAGUAUCAGGAAGUGCGUUCCGACAAGUCUCGCGAGAAAUGAAGGAUGCGUGAUAGUGAAGUGAAGGUAGUAUUGGCAACACCUGUAUAGGUCUGAGUUCUGGCGUUAAUGAACUGGCAUGAUGAACUGGGCGACGUUUUGAAGAGCAGCGAAGCUAUUAAUAAUUGGUUAGGUGUAUAUAGAGUGUGUUGGUAUACUGUGCUUAGAGAAUGAUCAUAUGCAAGC